UAAUUCAAUAACUCCUCUUUCGACAAAUAUACAUAAAACAUUUAUAAAUAUAUUCCCCAAACCUCCUGUAAAGGGUAUAAGCUCUCAAGCAUAUACAUAUUUAUAACCCUAAUUUCAAGAAUCCCCAAUUCAAUUGAACUGUCUGAUAGUAAAGGCAAGCAAGGAGAGAUGGAUGAGUGGGAGGAUGAGCCUGCUCCACUGGUCCUGAAAAAGGAGCCUGUUAAGAGUCUAUGGGCUGAUGAAGACCUCGAUGAGGAUGAUAUCAAGGAAUCGUGGGAGGAUGAAGAUGAGCCUACUCCGGUGCCCGAGGCCAAACCCCCAGUUGAGAAGCCCCCAAAGAAAACUGUAGCAAAAGCCAAUGACAAGAAAGGGAAAACUGCUGAAGUAGUCAAGGAGGAACCACUGGACCCUGUAGCAGAGAAACUUCGACAGCAGAGGCUUGUUGAAGAAGCAGACUAUAGAAACACUGCCGAAUUAUUUGGUAAAAAAAGUGGUGAUGACAAGUCUCUUGAUAUUUUUAUUCCUAAAUCAGAAAGCGAUUUCUUGGAAUAUGCGGAGCUCAUUUCACAUAAACUUCGUCCAUAUGAGAAAAGUUUCCAUUAUAUCGGGUUGCUCAAAUCUGUAAUCAGAAUGUCAAUGACAUCUCUGAAAGCAUCUGAUGCAAAAGAAGUUGCGUCUUCUGUCACUGCCAUUGUAAAUGAAAAGCUAAAAGCAGAGAAAGAAGCUAAUGCUGGUAAAAAGAAGACAGGUGCAAAAAAGAAACAACUGAUUGUGGAUAAGCCAGAUGAUGAUGCUGUUGUCAGCAACUUAGAUUCGUCUUAUGAUGAUUUUGAUUUCAUGUAACUUUUAGGCAGAAUCUUCUUGUUACUUUUGCCAAUAUGAGCUGGAGACAUCAAUUUUGCAAUUACAGUGUUACAAGGGAAGAUCAUCUGAAGCCUUUUUCUCUCAGAAUUUGGACACCGACAACUUCAUAUCUAGAUUUUUUUAUUUUUUUUUUGUGGUUCAGAAAUGUGUACUUGCUUGUAUGUUCAGUGAUAACACUGUAGUCAUGUGUAUGAAUCAAACCUAAAAUUACCCGACUUUUAUGAUCCUUCCCUAAGUUUCGAAAGUUUUGAAUCUCUAUUGAGUUGAAAAUACAUGUUAAUGCAAGUUUUUGCUGCUGA